AAACUGUCAUCCAGUUGCUGCUGUACUGUCUGUCGAGUAUUAUUUUCUUUUCACAUUUCCACACUUUAGUGUCUCCUGCGGAAAGUACGUUUAGCUAUUAGCUAAAGAAUAUUUGCAAUAAACAAAUGAACUCAAGGAAACGUAUAAUCAAAUUCGUCCACACAAUCCACCAAAUCCAAAGUAGUAGUACACGUGUGCAGAUUAGUCGGCGCAAAACCGCAAUGAUUUUUAAUAACGAUGACCUACGCGCAGCUACCACGUGGUGUCCCGGCGAUUUGAUUGACGCAACCCUUGGCGACAAUGGAUUGGCGGUUAUUUUACUAAAUCGACCGAUUCUGCUCCACAAGGAUUACUUUCGAUCAAUUUGGAACAACGCAAAGGUGCGCAUCACCGUUGAUGGUGGAACGAACCGCUGGGUGGACUUUGUUCGGCAAAAUUUCCACGCAGACGAAGAACUCAAACCGCCCGAUUUGGUAACGGGAGAUUUUGAUUCGCGCACCGAUGAAGCGAUGUCGUACGUCACGCGGUUGAACUGCAGGAUCAUCAAAACUCCAGACCAGAACGCCACAGAUUUCACGAAAUCGCUCCAUGUACUGCAGAGCACUGGUUACGCUAGCGAGAUCAGUCGGGUCCUGGUGCUAUGCGAGAAUUCCGGUAGACUUGAUCAAAUCAUGGCCAACAUCAACACACUGUUCCUAGCCCGUACCAUCCUGCCCGACACGCCAGUGUUUCUACGCUCCAGUAAUUCGCUAAGUUGGCUCUUGCCAGUGGGAAACCACCAAAUCAAGAUACCUUCCCGGCUGGUGAACGGACGCAUCUGGUGCUCGCUGAUUCCGAUCGGGCAACGGGCCAUCUGCAGUACCAGUGGGCUGCACUGGAACCUCGACAACCGAGUGUCGGAGUUCGGCACCAUGGUAAGCACCUCCAACACCUAUUCCGCCGAGGAGGUUCUCAUUCGUACCGAUAGUGCCGUUCUUUGGUCCAUGGGGACAACCCCGAAAGAUAUGUGAUAGUUGGCCGCUGCCCGGUUCGAAACCGAUCAAGAGUAUUGCCUGAGCUAGAUGACUAAAACCAGUUUUUGCUUUAUACGGGACUGCAGGGUGCGGUGCCAAGCAGUUCCUUUAUCUCUAUUAUGUGUUAAAUGUGUUUUUUUUGAAGUAGAAUACUUCUCUCAGGAAGUUCGGUUGCAUAGGGAUGUAAAAUGAAAAUCUAAAACCGAAAAAAGUGAAAAAUAUGUCCAAUUUCAAAUGCUAAUAAAUCGGUUAGUAUUCGAUGGAUUUCCUUCGUUCUUGCAGCAAUAGAUUGAAAAAUCUUCUAAGAUUCUUCCCAAAUGCAGAUAUUUGUAACUUUAUUAUUCAAACUAUCGUACUAUUGAAAAUAGUCAAGCCUUGUCAAAACUAAAAAUUCGGCCUCUGACUGGUCGUUAUAUGAUUGCUUCCCGAGCAUGGUCGACAGAAUCAUAGACCUUGCCAUUUGAAAUGUGCAAUUUGGCCUAUAAAAGAGCUUGUUUCACUCGAAGCCGCUCAUUAUAAUUCUAGACUGCAACAGAAGCAGCCCUCCCUUAGCAGCAACAGUGGAUACAGCAGCAGUAGUAGUGCACCAGAUAACGGGCGGAGCGCGUCUCAGCAUCGAUAGCAGGACCAGGGGAUGCAGGGCAGCGGAUACCAAUGGCAAUGGAAGCGUUCACUACUGUGGCAACGGGGAUAGCGCAGCGGUUGACGUUGGUCUCAGCAUCUAUAUAAGCAGGGCCAGCUGAUGCAGUGUGGCUUUUUAGUGAAAUGCUGUCUCUGAGCGAUAGCAGGCACACUAGCAAAUGCAUCCAACGAAAAGAACGUUCUGGAAAGCUUUUCAGUGUUUAUUUUCCCCCAAGGAAUACUUUAUUUGCACUGCCAGUGAUAACGCAGAAAUGUGAUCGGCAUCUUAUCAGACAUUGAAUUAAACAACAAAUUGUCCUUUUCAGGAUGAAAUAAAAACCUAAUUGAAGAGUUAAAAUUUUCUUUUAAAUCAAUUUACACUUUCAAGAAAUUUGGAACAGAUAUAUAUUUAGUUUCAUCUCGUGUCAUGAGCACAACAUCGAAAAGCUUUCAUUAUCAGCAUAAACAAUAAUUUUUCGCAUAAUUAAAAUUCAAAAAUUACAAGUCCAAAUCAUGACAAGCAACUAUAUUAUUGCGAAUGGUCAAUCCUUGUUGAAGCGCAAAAUUCGACUGAUCUGAUAAGUCGUUAAUAUGAUUGCUUCCCAAGCACGGUCGACAGAAUCAUAUACCUUGCAAUUUUAAACAUGCUAUUUGGCCUAUAUAAGAGCCUUUUUCACCCGAAACCGCUCAUAAUAGUUCUAGACAGCGACAACAGUAGUCUUCCCUUAGCAGCAGCAGUAGCAGUGCAGUGGAUACCAGGCGGAUAGCGGCCACAGCUGUGGCAUGGCAAUGGCAUGGCAAAGCAGCUGGGCCAGCUGAUGCAGGGACAGCGGAUACCAAUAGCAGCGUAUAGCGGUCAAAACAUUAGCAUGGCUACGGAUAGCGUAGCAGUUGCAGCGGGUUUAGCAUCGAUAGCAGCUGAUGCAUUGAAGCACUUUAGUGAAAUGCAGUCUCUGUGCGAUAGCGGGCACUAGUAAAUGCAUUCAAUGAAAAGUUGACACAUUUUGACAACACAUGAGCCGUCUAGUUUUGAGUGUUAAAUCAGCUUUUCACUGUUUAUUUUAUCACAAGGAAUACUUUAUUCGCACUGUCAGUGGUAACGCCAAAUGUGAUCGGUAUCUUAUCCGAUAUUGAAUUGAACUACAAAUUUAAAAAUGACUGACACGCAAGCAGCCGGGUUUUCUUGUAAAAGUAUUCUACUUAAUCUUUGCGGUCGUGGCUUUGCAUACAACCCUCCUGUGAUUUUUUUUUAAAUAAAAUUUGAAUGUUGCAAAGGGAUUUAUGAUGAAAUGUGUUGAAUUGAUUGUGAAAAAUGUCUUUUUCGAAGCUAGUGAAUACUCUGAGCCUAAUCGAGCUGUGUGUUUUCUUCUCAAAUAGGUACAUUUUUAUUUUUGUUCUCUUGUGAUAUCGAACAUUUCCAUUUAUAAGUUAUUUCUAGUGCUCACCAUGCUUGCACACACUUCCUCCUUCUGUCUGCACAAGUGCGCAGUACACUUAUGCAUAUCGAUUUUUUUUUUGUUUUUUGACCUCUUAUUUCUCGCGCAUGCGCGCUGCAUUUUUACUGUCUCCUCAUUCACCUCGAUUAAUUUGUACCAUGCACAAAUGAGUAAACCGUAUGUUUGUUUAUUUUAGCUUUUUGUUUAGCUGUUUGUUUGUUUUUUGGUGUCGCCCAUCAGCCGCAGCUUCGAGCCACAAUUCGUAUGCUGUGUUCCGUUAACAAAUAUUUUCUUUUUUCUUGUUUUCAUCUGCUUCUUUUCAUUAUCAAUUAAAUACUGUACUUUAUGUUUUACCAUACGAAGAAGAGAACUUCAAUACACCUUAACGCUUGUUUAAGCGUUUGCUUGUUCGUGUGUGUGUGUAUGUAUGUGUGCUCCUGUUUUUCGCGGCUUGGCUGUCUUAAAUAUUUACAAUAAAAUGUUAGGUUGGGUUUCGUUUCUACUUAGUUUCUGUGUUGCCUGCUUAAUUUUAUUAUGUUUGUAAACUUGUGUGUUUGAGUGUCUUAAAUUGAUUUCGCGGUAGUUUUACAAACUAUCGCCUUACUUCGGUACUUGCUAAGUGUGGUCUACACAUCUCUACAUACAUUCUUCUCUUCUCUUCGUGGUUCCUCUUUUGAUUUGUAUCGUUUGCAGGAUUUUAAAAAAUUGGAAUAAAAAAUAAAAUUGAGCUACAGUUAAUUUUAGAAAAAAA